AUUAUUUUUAUUUGCACAACGAUUAUUUGUUUUUUUUCCUCGCUGCUCUGUCGUGCGAAUGGUACAAUUUUCGGAAGGAAGUGAAUAUUUUUCGUCAAGUGGUGAUUCGUACAUGAAUAUAUAUCCUUUCGUGCUACCCAGCGCAGAAACUAUUUUGCGUUGCGUUUGAUUGCCAUUAGUUCAAAUCAAUUGUAUCAUGCGUACGCUUCGUUUACCGUACUUCGCAUAGAAAGAGAGAAGCGGAGAGGAAAGAAAAGAAACGCAGCAGUGUAGCAGACAGAAAAACGAUAGUGAAAGUGCACGACGCAACUUCCUCCACCGUGCGUGAAAAGCUGCAGCGGGGGCGUACUCACAAUCAUCUAAGAAAGCCAUGGCGGAAAUUGGCGAUGAUGUGCCGUUGGCCGAUAGGAUCCGCGGCAAGACCGUGCAUCAGCGCGGUGCUCGCGAAAGUGUGGAGUCAAACAGUACGUCAAGCUCCGGUAGCAGCGAGCAGGAAGAAGAGGACGGGGGAACGUACAUGGACAACAGUCCGUGGGUGUUUAUGCCCGAGCCGCUGUUUAUAAAAAUCUUUCUUCAACUACGAGCGCGCGAUGUCCUGAACGCUGGCCAAUGCUGCAAACGUUGGUACAAACUGUCCAAAGAUGAUUACAUCUGGCGAAAGUACUUCCGCCAGGAGUUUAACGUAGACCCAUCGAUCCAGUUGAAACGAGGUGCGGAAAGCUGGCGGGCCGAGUACCGACGCUUGACCAACAAUGUGCCGAUGGUAAUGACGGAUGUGCUGACCUUCCAUUCACAUCAAGUACUGCACGUUAGCUUUUCACACAAUGGGAAAAUGUUUGCCACUUGCUCCAAAGAUGGGUUUGUAAUCGUAUGGAAUUCAGCCUAUCCAACGACGAUACGGGAUUCUUACGAUAUGCGCAAGCUAAGCUGGAAGUAUACCCAGUUUUCACAGUUUAAUCAAAGUGACACGCUGUUGCUUGUGUCCGGGGUCCAUUUUGGCUCCCCGCAUAGCACUUCCGGCGAGAUUGCGGUGUUCACUGUACAAAAUGGGUUUAAGCUGAAAUGCCGCGUAACGAAUCGCCCCUACGACAUAUUUGGAACGUGGUUCAGUGAUCAGCAUUUGCUCUCGGGCGAUCUGAGCUGGUUGGCACAUUUGGUCAGCUCCUCAAUACUGUGGCUGAACAAAGCGAACCAGGAGGUUGACUCAGAGCAUACGCCAGUACGUAGCCAGAUGUACAAAUUCUACAAUCGCAAUGCUAGCUCCAUACGUGCGAUCAUGGUCGCGAACUGUCCAUGGUUAAGCGAUGAAGCGGAAGUGAAAAAAGAAGGCGAAAAAGAAAAGGGCACCAGUGAUGCAGAGCAGAAAUCAUCGGACGACGAACCAGGAACCAGUAGUGGCGAUCGUCGGGCCGGAAACCCUCUGUCACACUACCAGUUGAGCCAGGACGUCGACUCGGAUGAGGAACAGGACGAAGGCGUUGAUGAUGGCCAGGAUCCCAGGGCAGCAGAAGAUGUGCCGUACCAGCUGCUCGUUGGCGACCAGGUCGAUUACGCUAGCCCGAUACAGUAUCUGCAAGAAUUUCGCCAGGAGUAUGAGGAAUCUUACUACGAAUCCUCGGACGACUGUCUCGAGGACGACGAGGACGACGGUGACGAUGAGGAGCUGUCCGAAGGGGAGGACGAUUUAGAAAACAUGUGUCCAAAGUAUCUGAUAUUUUCCACCGGCUCAAAGACGUACACACCGCAUCAGAUCGGGUUCAAGCGCAUCACGAGCGUCAACUUUCCGCGACGUAUCGAUCCGGGUCCAUCGCUGCGUGAACGCAUAGCGCUGCGCGAUCGUCAGCGUGAGUUACAGGUAAUUAUGGCCGAGAUGUCACCGGAAGAAAUCCGCCUGCAGUAUAUCUUACAGAAUGAAGAGCCUCCGACGGAACCGAACUGGGCGAACUAUGAGGCGGUGGCGGGACGAUUCGACAAGGUCGACAAACUGAUCGAUCUGCACGGGCACAUCAUAGGGAUGGGGCUGAGUCCGGACCACCGCUAUCUGUACGUGAACAGCCGACCGUGGCCGAAGAACUGUGUGAUUCGUAACCCGCUCGAUCCGCCCGCGAUCGCACAGGAGAUCGAUAUACACGUGAUAGACUUGAUGACGCUGAAGAAGGUGGGCAAGAUGCUGCGUGCCCACAAAGCCUAUACACCCAAUACGGAGUGUUUCUUCAUCUUUCUGGACGUCUGUGAUAAUUAUGUUGCCAGCGGUGCGGAAGACAUGCAUGCAUACCUUUGGGAUCGUUACUAUGGCGUGUGUUUGGCCAAGUAUCAGCACGCAGACGUAGUGAACAGCGUUGCCUUCAAUCCGCGGGACAACGAGAUGCUAGUGACUACCAGUGACGACUACGAAAUAAGGAUUUGGCGAUCGCUUUCGAAAGCAAAAAAGCUGGGCAUACCAAUCGUUAACCGAGCGUCCGAGUUUCGUAAACAGAAAAGCAACCGACCACCGCCGCCACCACAGCAGCAGCAUCAGCAUUGCAUGCGAUCGUUCGUUUAGGCCUUUGCAAGGAAUGAUACGUACGUCAUAAGAUUGUUAUUCUUGUCUCUUUGUUUUGUUUUUGGUUUGGUUUGCGGCAAUGUAACAGUUGUCACAUUUCCCUUAGAAUAUUCCGUGUCUUACGUUUGUAAAUGAAACAAGUAAACAUAAAAAUUUACAUGUCGUUUUAUUAAUCUGCAUACGGAAAACAAUUCAUUCUGAACCGAUUUUCUGUCCAAUCAUACCUUUCGAUACAAUGGCGAAUCGAAAUAAAAUAUAUUUUAUUCGAA